AAUGUAGUACUCCAGUAAUGUGCCUUUCGAAAACAGCCUUUCCCACUCUCCAAGAUCUCUCCUCCUCUCCCCUCUACAAAAUGUCUUGCGUGUCUGUCUCUAUAUAUACAUAGAAAAUGGAGUAGAAUAGAAUAGAGACACCAACCCCCAUAAACCCAACACUCAGCUCUUAAAUCCAUAUUCAUUCUCAAUUCCAUGUUCUAGUAGAACACACCCCCACUUCGUUAAAAGCUCACAUUGUAGGAACCAGGAAUAACCCAAAAAAUUUAGAGAGAGAGAGAGAGAGAGAGAGAGAGAGAGAGAGAGAGAGAGAUGGAGUCUGAGAAAGUUGUGGAGACGGUGGUUGCAGGGAAUUAUGUGGCGAUGGAGACUGAAGGAGGGAAGCGUAAGGACAUGAAGACGAGGGUUUAUAACCUCUUCUGGCAUGGUGGCUCUGUUUAUGAUGCUUGGUUUAGCUGUGCUUCAAAUCAGGUGGCUCAGGUGCUGCUGACACUGCCAUACUCAUUUUCACAGCUUGGGAUGCUCUCUGGUGUCCUAUUCCAGAUCUUCUACGGGUUGAUGGGUAGCUGGACAGCUUAUCUUAUCAGCACUCUCUAUGUGGAGUACAGAACCAGAAAAGAAAGGGAGAAAGUUGAUUUCAGAAACCAUGUCAUUCAGUGGUUUGAGGUUCUUGAUGGGUUGCUUGGAAAGCAUUGGAGGAACGUGGGUUUGGCAUUUAAUUGCACUUUUCUUCUGUUUGGAUCUGUUAUUCAACUCAUUGCCUGCGCAAGCAAUAUAUAUUACAUAAAUGACAAUCUGGACAAGAGAACCUGGACUUACAUCUUCGGAGCUUGUUGUGCAACCACUGUCUUCGUCCCUUCAUUUCGCAACUACCGAAUCUGGUCCUUCCUGGGGUUAUUAAUGACCACUUACACAGCUUGGUACCUAACCAUUGCUUCACUACUCCAUGGGCAGGUGGAGGGGGUGAAACAUUCAGGACCAGCCAAGAUGGUACUCUACUUCACAGGGGCCACAAACAUUCUCUACACCUUCGGGGGACAUGCCGUUACUGUAGAGAUCAUGCAUGCGAUGUGGAAGCCACAAAAGUUCAAGGCCAUAUACUUGUUCGCUACCCUCUAUGUGAUGACUUUGACCCUUCCCUCCGCAUCAGCUGUUUACUGGGCAUUUGGGGACUUGCUUCUCAACCACUCCAAUGCUUUUGCUCUCCUCCCAACAUCUCCCUUCAGAGAUAUGGCUGUCAUUCUCAUGCUCAUCCAUCAGUUUAUUACAUUUGGAUUUGCAUGCACCCCUUUGUAUUUCGUGUGGGAGAAGGCCAUAGGGAUGCACGAAUGCAAAAGCUUGUGUAAGCGUGCGGCAGCGAGAUUGCCUGUUGUUAUCCCCAUAUGGUUCUUGGCCAUCAUCUUCCCCUUCUUUGGUCCCAUCAACUCCACCGUCGGAUCGCUCCUCGUUAGCUUCACAGUCUACAUAAUCCCCGCUCUCGCCCACAUGAUCACCUUCAAAUCAGCCGCUGCCCGCGAGAGUGCGGUGGAGCAACCGCCGAGGUUCUUGGGACGGUGGGCCGGCGCGUACACGAUCAAUGUGUUUGUGGUGGUGUGGGUAUUUGUUGUUGGGUUUGGAUUCGGCGGAUGGGCUAGCAUGACAAACUUCAUCCGCCAAAUUGACACAUUUGGUUUGUUCACCAAGUGCUACCAGUGCCCUCCUCCCCAGUUCCCAUUACCGCCACACCUCAACUCCACCGCUCUUGCUCCAUCACCAGCCAACUUCUACCACCACCUGUGAGCCGUCGGCCCCUCCUUUGGUUGUUGAACCAUGUCAGAAGCUGUGAUCAUCUCCUUCGAUCUCAACCAUUCAUUCUCUCGCAUUGCAUCCUUUGAUUAUAUCGCGUAAAUCAAGAAAGUGAGUAGUGUCAUGAAGCCACCCAUCGACAUGCGGAGAUCACUUCCCCGCCCCUAAAUAGUCUCAACUUCUCGAAACAGUUAGCAAAAAACGAAAGAAAUGUUUUUAGGUAGAGCUCUGUUUGUUCCCAAUAUGUAGCUAGUACGCGUUUUAUGGAAAUUUGUGUUUCACUAUGAUGGUUAAUGCUGCUGAUAAGGAAUGGAAAGUCUUGCUUAAGAACUGAGUAGCACAAUUUUGAUAUGUCUAAUGGCAGUGGUAUUGGAUCAA